AUGGUUAACGUGGCUCUGGGUGGAUUGGCUGCUCAGUCUUCAUUGUGGGACCCCUUGUAUCUACCAAGCUUGGUGAUUGAUGGCAAACCUGAAUCAUGGUAUUUAAGUGGGAGCUGUGUUUCCACUCUGAUUGAGGACGACCCCUGGUGGAGAGUGGACAUUGGGGAACCAUAUGACAUCUCGACAGUUGUAGUGAUCGGAAGAUCAGAUUGCUGCAUUGAUAUGCUAGAUGGGGCUGAAAUCCGCAUUGGUAACUCGCUGGAGAACAACAGCAACAACAAUCCCAGAUGUGCAGUCAACACUUUGACCAGUGACCAUAUCAUGAACUUCCACUGCAACCAGAUGAGAGGACGCUACAUCAACGUGUUCCUCCCUGGAGUAAACAGGAGGCUUCAGCUUUGUGAGGUCAAAGUGUAUGCCACUAACCACCUUACAGGGGGUAAUGCAACACUGAAUGAUGGCAGCUAA